AUGCGCAGCGGCUGGUUUAUCGACGACCGAGGAGCAAAGGUUGAACAAUGUAUGCAGACCGAAGACGGUGUGCAGAAAGGCCUCCGAACAAUACUUAUGGAACGCAAUCUAUGGAAUCCAGGCAUGAGCGCAAAAGAAGCUCGAGAGACCCUCUCCAAACAGCCUGAUUUCGAAAGCCAAAAGGAAUGGCUAGAGGAAACUGUAGUGGAAAAUCAACCGGGUUUGGCAAUCAUAUUCUAUCCCAAGUUCCACUGUGAGUUCAACUUCAUCGAGUUAUAUUGGGGAUACUGCAAACGCUUCUUGAGAACUAAUUGUGAUUAUUCUUGGAAAGGGCUUCUGAAUCUACUGCCUGUGGCAUUAGAGAAUGUGCCGAUUUCUUCGAUCCGUAAAUUUGCCCGCAAAUGCUUCCGUUACAUGGAUGCAUAUCGUGCUAAAAACGGACAGUACCUGACACAGCGUCAGAUAGAAUAUGCAGUACGUCGUUACAAAGGCCACCGAACUAUACCGCAAUCUGUUUUAGAUGAUCUUGAUUGA